GGAUAAUUUGCAGCUUAUCAGGAAUUAUCUCGCCGUUUUCUCACAGCGAUAAUUUUCGAAGUACCCCACUUAAGGCGCAUUUCUCCGGGCGCCAAGGCCUACUUAGUCUACAUACCGAAUUAUCGUCCGAGAUCAUACAGAAAUGAUCUUACCUAGCUCCCCCAACUGGAGGUAAAAGUUGCUCGUUUUAGUCAACAUCAGUAAGGCCCAUCGGUCGAGCAACUUUUCCCUCACUUUUUCACCACGGCUCACAUUUGCACUAUUUUGCAUUUGUGCUUCUGGUCAUACAAUUUAUUCCAGUUCCUCAUUGUGGAAACGAAGCGCUUUCUGUCCGUAAAGCUCCAAGACGAUGGGAGUCCCUUCAUUCCAGGCGUCCAAUGCCGUUAUUUAUCUUUCCUAUGGUGCUUUCCUAGUAAGCGGCCUUUAUAUUGCAUGGCGGUGGCGGCACCAAUCGAAAUCAGAUUUCCUCGCUACUAAUCGUAGCCAAACGGCGAUCCCUCUAGCCUUCAAUUUUAUCGCGUCGGCUCUUGGAUCUGGUAUUCUUUUUGCAUAUCCCGAGAUCUCAACAAUUGCAGGUGUACAAGGUCUCGUUGUAUACGCAUUGUCAAGCUCGCUGCCUUUGCUCGUAUUUGCCUUCCUUGGUCCUAUUAUUAGGAGAAAAUGUCCCGAGGGCUUUGUCCUUACAGAAUGGACAAGGCAAAGAUAUGGAACAAUAGCUGCUCUCUAUCUGAGCUUCUUGACAAUCGCAACUUUAUUCCUGUACAUGGUUGCAGAGCUCUCGGCGUUGCAGCAAAUCAUCAACGCGCUUACAGGCCUUGAUGGGCUUCCUGCAGUUAUUGUGGAAUGCGUCGUCACAACCAUCUAUACCUCUCUUGGAGGGUUCCGUGUCUCCUUUUUGACAGACACACUCCAGGGUAUAAUGGUCGUGCUUCUUAUCAUUCUCGGUGUCAUCACCGUGGGUGUCGAGACGCGCAUUGAUCAUAGUUUGGUGGAAUCAACCGGGCUCCUGAAGGGUAGUCUCCUCGGAUGGCAGCUUAUUUACAUUCUUCCCGUUGCCAUCCUUACCAAUGACUUUUUGCUCUCGAACUUUUGGAUGCGGACGUUUGCGAGUAAAUCCGACAAAGAUCUGCGGAUUGGUGUAACUCUUGCUACUAUUGUCGUCACAUUCAUCCUCACUCUAGUCGGGGCGGCUGGUUUGCUUGCAGCCUGGUCUGGCGCGUGGCCCGGCAAUCCUCCUCAGGAUGGGUCAAUUUCCUUCUUCCUUCUCCUCGGACAACUUCCAGGCUGGGUUGUUGGAAUUGUGCUUGUCAUGGUCGUUUCUCUCAGCACCGCCGCUUUUGACAGUCUACAAUCCGCCAUGGUGUCCACUGGCUCAAACGACAUUUUCCGAAACAAGCUUAACCUUUGGUACAUUCGAGCGGCGGUUGUGCUCGUAAUCAUUCCAACCAUUGUCGUGGCGCUCAAGAGCCCCGAUAUUCUUCAAAUUUAUCUUAUAUCCGAUCUUCUAAGCGCCUCUUCGAUUCCAGUACUUGUGCUCGGUCUUUCUGAAAAGUUUUACUGGUGGAGGGGUUUCGACAUUGUCGUCGGCAGUCUGGGAGGAUUGUUGACCGUUUUCAUUUUUGGUACCAUCUAUUUUGGCAAUGCCCAUGAGGGCGCAUAUCUUAUGAUUUUGGAAAACGGACUCUACUCCAAUGACUGGAGUGCAUUUGGUGCCUUUGUUGCCGCCCCUGUUGGUGGACUUUUAUGGGGCUUCGGAGCUUGUGGUCUCCGCCUCACCUUUCAAUACGUGUAUGCAAGGGCCAGAGGCCAUCGAUUUGAUGCUCUGGACCGACCUGCACCGGCUGAGCCAUCACUCGUCUCUGAUGAAGGUCCAGCAGAUGACUUGGCUUCUGAAGCUGGUCGCGAACCGGUCAACGUCAAAGCAACGCCGAAGGGUAUAUUUUUUUAAAUGCCAAAGGUUAGAAUUGGAUACCUGCUUCGGAGCGGUGCCAAUUUUGAACCCAUUUUAAUACAGAAGCUCUGAGAAAAUGACGUCAAAAGAAAAAGAGGAAACAAAAGUGCUAGAAGAUAUCAUGAAACGUUCAGGAUAGAGAUGUGAGAAAGGGGAAAUUUUAUACAUUGCAUGCUCAUUCCUGAGCUGCGACAUUAUAAUCUACAUAAAGAACCAGUGACUCCCAUUUCCUAAAUGGACUAUGCUCGCUACGCCAAUGCC